GGGGGUAUUUCCAGCUUUGUGAUUUUCACUUCCACUUUUACCAGGUGGGCGGAGGGGCCUCCGGUGGACAAAUCAGAUUCCUCCUCAGCUCCAACUUCAGAGGUAAACCAGGGUGCAGGGUCCCAGACACCCAGGCGGCGGCGGUGGCGGCAGCAGCAGCAGCAGCAGCAGCAGAAAGUGUGGGGAAGACCAGAGGCCAGAACCAUGGAAGACCAGCGCGACCUUAUCUCCAGCCAUGAGCAGCUGCCCAUGCUGGGCCAGCGCCCUGGUGCCCCAGAGAGCAAGUGCAGCCGAGGAGCUCUGUACACAGGCUUUUCUGUCCUGGUGGCUCUGCUCUUGGCCGGCCAGGCCACCACUGCCUACUUCCUGUACCAGCAGCAGGGCCGGCUGGACAAGCUCACGGUCACCUCACAGAACCUGCAGCUGGAGAACCUGCGCAUGAAGCUUCCCAAGCCUUCCAAGCCUUUGAACAAGAUGAGGGUCGCCACUCCCAUGCUGAUGCAGGCGCUGCCCAUGUCAGGCCUGCUCCAGGGGCCCGUUAAGAACGCCACCAAGUAUGGCAACAUGACACAGGACCACGUGAUGCACAUGCUUCUGGAGGCUGACCCCCUGAAGGUGUACCCGAAGCUGAAGGGGAGCUUCCCAGAGAACCUGAAACACCUUAAGAGAACCAUGGAGACCCUGGAUUGGAAGGUCUUCGAGAACUGGAUGUAUCAGUGGCUCCUGUUUGAAAUGAGCAAGAACUCCCUGGAGGAUAAGCCCGAGGUUCCACUAAAAGUACUGACCAAGUGCCAGGAGGAGGUCAGCCGCGUCCCCGCCGUCCACCCUGGCACGUUCAGGCCCCAGUGCGACGAGAACGGCGACUAUAAGCCGCUGCAGUGCUUUGGGAGCACCGGCUACUGCUGGUGCGUCUUCCCCAACGGCACCGAGGUCCCUCACACCAGGAGCCGCGGGCACCACAACUGCAGUGAGCCGCUGGACCUGGAAGACCUGUCAUCCGGGCUGGGCAUGACCAAGCCGGACCUGGGCCAAGCGGGCAUUUGAGAAGAGCAGAUGCAGAUGCCAGCACGCAGCCCGCCCCGCAUGGCCACUGCCUCCUUGCUCCCCUCUACCCCCAACCCUAGCCCCCCAUCUCCUUCCCUUUCACACUGCUCCCCCACUGUCUCCCACUCUGCGCCUCCUUCCACGACACCCUGGCACCUGGCUCUCCAUCAUCCUUAGACCCAAGUCACGUCAGAGCAGCGCAGAUUUAACGACGCAGGAGGGCCCUGCUGCCCCACGCCCCAUCCAUCUGAGGAACGAAUGGCCCAAGGAGGAAGCCCAGGAGCUCGGCUGAUCCCCAUUUCAGCCUCCAACAUGGAGCCCCAAGAUCCAGGCCCACAGAUGAGAUGGAAGGUGCAGGGAGAGGGGACAGUGCUCCCCACCCCCAACAUGUUAGCUGUUCCUGCCCUUUGGGCCUUGCCUUUCUAGCCUAUUUAGCUCCCCUCUCCAGCAGCACCCACCCAGGACCAGCCUCUCCACAACGCCCUCACUUUCUGCCAAACCCCCUCCCCUCUGUGCAGCCAAGCUUAUCACUGGCCCUCAGGGCCGCUGCUCUGUGAGAAUAAAAGGUAGUAAUAGAACACA